AUGACUAAGCGACAGACAAAACAGAUCAAGGAUAGAUUAGACAGAAUUUUAAAGAAGCUGGAUGAUCAAGAUGAUGAUGAACCAUUUAUUUCAUCAUCAGAUCAAGAAAGCGACUCAGAAAUACACAUAAACAAACACGAUCUAAGUGAAAUAAGUGAAAUAUCAUCAAUUGAAUCAAUUAACAUAGAUUCUAUACUUGAACCACAACCUAAAAGAGUACCAGAAGCAAAAAUUUCAAAUUCGAAAAUUUCAAAAAUUCCAGUUAGAUCAAAAAUAGAAGAAAAAAACCUUCCAAGACCAUCGAUACGUGAACAGAAACCAUUACAUCCAGUUGUUGCAUACAGUCAGAGUGCAAAACAAUAUGCAACUAAACCCGAAAGACCUGUUAACUUUUUUGCAGUUGAUUACUCUCAAUUUGAGCAUGCUAUUGUCUGUAUUUACAAAGGAAUUGAUUUUCCUCGCCCAAGACAAGGUGAAAGAAGUACUUAUGUUUUAAUGAGGCUUCAUGAUCAAAUUCAGGAACUUGUUACGCCUAUAUCUUUCGAUUCACAUGAAGCAAUUUACAAUGCUGGAUUCAAACUUGAUACUUUAGGUUUAGAUUUCGAAAAUUUCACACCAGUUAUUGAAGUUUAUGAUUUCCAUGGAGAAAACGACAAAGAACUUAUUGGUGUAGGUUACAUACAACUGCAGAUUGCUAAAAAGCAAGAUAGAAUAUGCACUGUUUUGCAUGAUUCCUGGGUAAAUAUUUAUACACUGAAAUCCCACAUUAAAUGCGGUAAAGUACUUAUGACAUUUAUAUUCUACGAUAAUGAGGACGAUAUCAAAGGAAUGAUCAAAAACCCAACAGAAAGUCAAGAAAAAGUUGAAAAAACUGUUGAACAACCAAUCAAACAACCAGUUCAAGAGAGGCCUGUGAAGAAAGAAUCCAUGGCUGUUCAGGCCGAAGUUGUAGACAUCCCAUCGGAGACAGAUGACAACUUAUUCGCUUCAGAUGAUUUUGAAAUUCCGAUAAGGCAAGAAAAAGCAUGGAAAAGUAGAGUUUGGCAAGGACAGGAGCGAAAAGCAGAAGCUGUGGGCAAAGAAAAUGCACUUGAUGAAUCUUUUUCAAGUGAAGUUUCAACAAAAAGCUUUCAUAAGAGAAAACCAGCAAAACCAAAUAUUCAAAGUAAAAUUCGAUUUGUUACAGAGAUAAACGAUUCUGAUGAUGAAGUUGAAAAUAAAACAGAUGGACAACAAAAUUCAGAAUCGAGUAUGAUAUCGAACUCAAGCAGUUUCUUUACUAAAAGGAAAUCCAAAGCCCAAAAGGUCAAUGAACAACCUAAAUCUCAGUAUGCUAGCUAUGCAGAUUAUGGAUUAUGGAGCUAA